AUGUUCAGGGAGCAAGAGGAACGAGAAAGCAACCGGCUUACUCAGUUGAUCAAGGAUAAAAUGAAACAAGAGAAGAAGUUAUGUGAGGAGAAAUUACGAGAACAAAAUGAGAGGUAUUUUUCUUUCGCCUUUUUAACUGGUACUACAGGAGGAAACAUAAACCAAAUAGCUGGAUAGCUCAGUUUUAAGAAAAAUAUCUCUCAUUUCCUUCCCGUAAUUUUCCUCACGUAUUUUAUUCCCCUGUUCCAUUUUAUCCUUGAUCAACUUAGCAAUCCGUUUGUUUUGUCGUUCCUCUUGCUCCCUGAACAUGAAAAGAACAAAAAAUGUUAUGGUAUAACAUUGUAGGGUCUUCACAGUUAGUUUAGUUUAGGUUUCCUCCUGUAGUAACACUGGGUCAAUCAGAUGAUCCUUACUGGACCUCUAGGAAGAACAGUUUAGAACUAUCCAGUAUAAAUAAAGUUAGUUUAGUUUAGGUUUCCUCCUGUAGUAACACUGGAUCAAUAAGAGAUGAUCGCUACUGGACCUCUUGGGAGAACAGUUUAGAACUGAUAGAACUAUCUAGUAAAAAUAAAGUUAGUUUAGUUUAUGUUUCCUCCUGUAGUAACACUGGAUCAAUAAGAGAUGAUCCUUACUGGACCUCUAGGAAGAACAGUUUAGAACUGAUAGAGCUAUCCAGUACAAAUAAAGUUAGUUUAGUUUAGGUUUCCUCCUGUAGUAACACUGGAUCAAUAAGAGAUGAUCUUUACUGGACUAAUAGAGCUAUCCAGUAUAAAUAAAGUUAGCUCAUUAAUCUAGCACGGUAAAUGAACCAAUGCGUUUACUGUUGAUUCUAGGAAAGAACGUGAAGAGCAACGAAAACGCGAGGAACAGAGAGCAGCAAUGCUUCAAGCGGCAAGAACUGCAGACUCCUAUCUGAUGACGCCACCGCCAGCGCAAACUCGGAAACCCGCCACAAUCGAGAACUACGACAUCAGCGAUAUUCGUAGCGACGAGUCGACAGAUGACGAAGACGCGCCCCGCAAGAGAGUCCCUUAUUGGGCCCAGGGCGCGGCGUUGAAAAGCGCCCUCCUACAGCAAGAGGAAGCCCAACGCAUGUUCGAGGAACUCGCUUCUGGCUUCGUUCCACACGCGCCCGAUCUGGAGAAAAUUUUCACGAAAAAACGAAAACGUUUCUAUCAGCGCACGAGUUCGGCACAUUGGAACUCGCCGCCUCUGAAAGUUUAAGAAUUUUUGGUAGUUUUGUUUAGGAAUGUAAAUAUAUCUGCGUUGAUAGACUGCAGUUCCGCCGAACACGAGAUGCUGGUCAACCUGCUGAUAUCAGAACCAGAAUUUAAGGAGAGCGAUCGUUAUGUUUUUUUUUGGAGGGGGGUGGGUGGUGGCACCUAAGUGAAAUUUUUUCUUGGUAAAAAAUUUUCUGACCUAGCCAUUAGAAAAUAAAAUAAAUUUUUACCCAUCUUCAAAUAUCAAUUAGAAAAGAAAUAUCCACUCGGCAUGACGUGUUCUUAGGGUGCUGCACAAGCUUGUUCAAGCCUGUGUAUAUCAACUGGGAAGAGCUGGGUUGUUUUAACACGUGCAAAUAUCAUGUUCAAUUUAAAUUCACUGAUUGCCCGAACGGCUAACAGUUCAUCUCAAAAUUCGAUUUGCCUUGCGAGGUCUGCUUCGUUUUAUGUAGAUUCUGUGAUGUAGACGCUGAUGUAGAUUUAAUUAAUAUUGUAUUACCUUGCUCUUAUAACUGUCAAUAAGACCACCAAUCUACUGCCCCUAUAUUGAAAUUUGUAUAUAAGAGGGUCCUAGGGGAAUAAUCAUAUUAUUUUAAUAUUUUUUUUGUGUUUGUUUGUGUAUGUUUAAUUAAAAAAAAAGCGAAGCGCGUUUCAUGUGGCAGCUUUUUGUCACCAUCAGGUAGUUUAAUAUUUAAUCUAUGGUGUCUACUCGCAUGAAUUUUUCCUCAACUUUUUG